AUGGCAUUGGCUACACGAGCAAUCAAAGUACGUGUGAGAGGCCAAAAGCUCCAAAUACCCUUCGAAGCCAACAUCUUGAAAAUAAUCUUCACUCACCAAUACCUACAUUAUGUAGACGAUGGAACCACAGCGGGAACUAUCCAAGUCACCGACACAACCCCUUCUGUCCUUUACAUUCACCCUAGAGAAGCCAUAACCCUUCCUCAUCUCCUCAAACCCCAUCUCUCCCAAGCACCCUCGUUUGACGACGAUGUUCUUCACGAUGACGAGUUGGAUUUCUUAGUCCAAUGCGUGGCUUCAAGGGUACGUGCGUUGACAGCUUCCGCAGAUUGUUUCGAGAGUUUUUUCUUCUUGGUCGAUGUGGUACUUGUUUGUUCUGAACCCGAGGAGGAUGAGGAGGAGAAGGCAGCGAAAGGAGCAUCGGAUUCUGCGCUGUUGAAAUUAAAGAAAGAGAGAUUUGAUGGUGGUGAUGGUGUGUGUUGUGUUUGUUUGGGUGAGUUUUUAGCGUCAGUAUCGGUCGCUCGCAUGCCAUGCAACCAUGUGUUCCAUGAUUGUUGCAUACUACGUUGGUUGCAACGAGCUGAUACUUGUCCAAUAUGCCGUCAACAACUCUUGUCGGAUUAA